AUGGAGCAGCCCACACGGAUGCCCCGGCCCCUCCGCCUCCUGGGCUUCUUUGGGCGGAAGCCACAGGCUGUCGGAGGGGAGAUGUUGCCAGAACCGGAGCCAGAGCUGGAGGAACCUGAGGAGAUGUGCAUCACGCUGCCCCUGGGCGAGGGCGGGGAGCUGGUGGAGUGUCCUCUGUGCCUGCUGCCCCAGCCUCCUGAGGCCUUUCCCACCCUGGCCUCCUGUGCCCACCGCUCAUGCCGGGCCUGCCUGGAGCAGUACCUGCGCAUCGCUGUCAGUGAGAGCCGCGUGCAGGUGGCCUGCCCACACUGCCCUGCCAUGCUCCAGCCUGCCGAUGUCCACCACCUCCUGGCCGAGCCUGCCCUCCGUGACAAGUAUGAAGAGUUCCUUCUGCGGCGGCUGCUGGUGGCCGAUCCUGGCACUCGCUGGUGCCCUGCACCUGACUGCAGCUACGCUGUCAUCGCCUACGGCUGUGCCGAGUGUCCCCGCCUCACCUGUGAGCGCGAGGGCUGUGGCACUGAGUUCUGCUACCACUGCCGGCAGCCCUGGCACCCCGAUGGUCCUUGUGCGCCAGUGCCGCCGGCCCCCAGCCUGGCCAACCCCACAGCACAGCUAGUCCACCCGGAGGACUCGGUCCAUGCUGAGGCCGAAGACAUCAAGGUCUGUCCCCGCUGCAGUGCCUUCAUCAUGAAGAUCAAUGACGGGAGCUGCAACCGCAUGAACUGCACAGUUUGUGGCUGCCUCUUCUGCUGGCUCUGCCUGCAGGAGAUCUCUGACGUGCACUUCCUGAGCCCCUCUGGCUGCACCUUCUGGGGGAAGAGGCCAUGGUCACGGACCCGGAAGAUCCUGUGGCAGCUGGGCAUGGUGCUGGGGGCGCCUAUGGUGAUCUCCCUCGUCGCGGGCAUCGCUGUCCCUGUCAUUACCAUUGGGAUCCCCAUCUACAUGGGUAGGAAGGUGCUGGGCCAGAGCCGGAGGAGCAGCCUGUCGGGGUGCCAGCAGUGCCUCUCUGUCACCAGCAGUGUCCUCCUCUCUCUCUUUGUGUCCCCCGUCAUAACAGCUGUCACGGUGGGAGUUGGCGUGCCCCUGAUGCUCACCUAUGUCUACGGGGUGGUGGUGCUGUCACUGUGUCGGAGCCGCUGGGGGUGCGGGGGCAGCCGCAGCCCGCCUGGGGAUCUCGGUGUGGUGGAACUGGAGAACCUGACCAAGCUGAAUGAGCUGUGGUCGGUGCUGCCCAGCCCCAGGGCGGGUGAGGACGGAGUCCUGGACACAACCACCUCCUUCCCCAGCAGCAGCUAUAGCCCACGCCACGGGGCAGUGUGGAAGGAGCAGGACAGCCAGUCAGCCAGCACAGUUGCCCUUGCGGGGAGCAUGCUAAGCGAGGGCCAGGACACAUCCUACAGGGAAGGCCUCAACAUCGAGGUGGAGGUGUCGGUUGAAGCAGUGCCGCAUCCUGCCCGGGAGCAGAGCCUGUGCAGCGCACUGUCAGGGCAGAGUCUCUCUGGGGACUCCCUGGGAGGCACCAGUGACAGGUGCAGUGCCACGAGCGUCCCCACGGAGUGA